GUGGCCUGGCCCCCUCUUGCACGAAUAAAACCAGCCUGUUCUGCCAGCCAGAGCUGCGAAGACAAACAUAGCGCCAUCACAUACACAAAGAGGAGGAGAGAUCUGGAGAAGGGAGAAGAAGAGGGAAGGAGGCCAUUGCACCUGACCUUCUUCUCUCCUUUCAUCCUCUCUCUCUCUCUCUCUCUCUCUAUUGAAGAAGCUCUUGCUUGGUUGGUAGAUAGGGUAGGGACAAGGGCGGCAUGGCGACUAUCCUGGAGAACAUCCAGAAGGCGAGGUUCUUGCCGACCAGGCCGCUGAAAGAUGAGCUGCCGACGUUCCAGGGCGGCGGCGACGGUGGCAAGGAGAGCCACCUCAUGGGGCUGAGGAAGAGGCUGUCAUCGUUCUCCGACAAGAUCCAGCCCAUCUCCUCGGCGUCGGCCGAGUGGGCGUUCCGGCGGUCCAAGUCGGCGCCGUCGCUCGGCGCGUUCGCCGGCGGCCCGCUGAAGAGGUGGUGGGACUGGGGCGUCGGCUGGCUCAUGUCCAAGAAGCCCGGCUUCGCCAGCGACCUCGAGAUGAACGAGGAGGAGGUGUCCGUCCUCGGCCGCCAGAACAGGGGCAGCUGGGGUCACAUCCUCUACAAGAUGCGCUCCAGCGUCCGGCGGCUCGUCACCUCGCACUCACUGCCGACGACGCACAGGGCGGCGGCGGCGGCGGCGGCCCAGUGCAAGCCGGCGGCCGCGGCGGCGACGUUCCCCUACACCCAGAGCUUCCACAGCGGCCAAACCGCCAUGGCUUACUGAGAGCACACAUCAUCGCUCCAAGGUGUUUCUUGGAUAAAAAACACGGCCUUUUCUGGUCGUCGUCUCCAUGAGAUCCGAAUGGAGAAGCAGCUCAGGGAGACUGAUAUAAUAUGGUGAAGAUGCAACUACCAUUACAUGUAAAACACGGUACAUUUGAUGAAUGAAAAAUGUAGCUCUUACUACGUGAUCUGUUUUUAUUUUGUGUAGAUCUAGUAUCCAUGUAGAGGCCAAAUGUAUGUUCGUUCUUUCCAUUCUUUUGGAGUUCGUCGGGCGAUGUAAAUGUCUGGUUAUUUCCCUAUGCUUUUGCCUCAUGCAGUAAAUAAAAAGCUAAUGAAAAAUGGUGCUUGUUUAUAA